UGUAAAUUCUCUUGUCUUCAUCGCAGUUCUAUAUCUUCUACUUGCCCGUCGCACUAUUAUGUCCUCCGAAGCCUGCUGCACCUGCGCGUCGCUCCUCUCCUCUAUCCUACCUAGGUACGAUGAGAAGAUAGAGAAAUCAACACACCAUGAGCACCGCUUCGAAUGCUGCGGCCGCGUCGUAUGCGCCCACUGUGUAGCAGGCAAUCCCCGCUUUGCAACCUACUGUCCCUAUUGCCAGGUCUCUAUCGUAGCGUCAGCACUACCCCAGGGACUGCGCGACCCUCCUACAUACUCGCCGCCGACGCACAAUCAAGCCAGACACUCAUCGAUAAGUAAAGAAGCGAAUGAUGAAUUACCGCCAUACUCCACGAAUAAUCCUUUGCAAACCCAGCCGGAGAAGCCCAAAGGCCAAGAUGAAGAGCAAGCGCCCGACGUCCUGCACUUUGUAGACCCCAACAACGAUUCAAUAGCUUCCCUGUCAUUGCGAUAUGGUGUACCCGCGGGCGCCCUGCGAGGCACCAACGGGCUAUAUGCAGAUCAUCUGCUCGCGGCGCGUCGGACGCUUCUCAUACCCGGGGAAUAUUACAAAGGAGGUGUAAGCUUAAGUCCGCGCCCAUUGGAGGGUGAGGAGGAGGAAAUCAGGAAAGGUAAAGUAAGGAAGUGGAUGGUCGCGUGCAAAGUCCCAGAUAUUGCUCCUCGACAUAGAUAUGAUGUAGCAUUGUUGUAUCUCCAACAAGCUGACUAUGACCUGAACCAAGCUGUCAACACAUACAAAACUGACGAGCGUUGGGAACAAGAACAUCCAUUGGAAACUGCAAAGAAGGGAAAGUUGAAGGCAACACAAGGCACUAGGAGACGGAGAUGGGGCUUCGGCGGCAGCAGGGCAGGUCUCACAGGUCAAUUAUUAUGAGUGCAUUUACG